AUGUAUAUUGUCAGUAAAGAUAGUGAUAGCAUUGUGAACGCAUGAAGGUGGAGGACGAUGAUUAAUUAGCAAUUAGAGGACGCCCGCGACUUCGUCCGCGUCUUGCAUUGACAAGUGAACAUUAGCUCCGCGUAAAAUUUGUAAUUAAAAAUAGACUUAUACUAAAGCCAUACUCGAGGAGUACUGUUUGCUAACAAACAAAUUAGAAAUUGAGGAUAGACAAUGCAUGUCAUUUCAUAACUAACUAACUUCAAAACUAACGCAGUUGAAUUCCGCUUAGUGAAGAUACAAGAAUGCAGACCGUUAGAAGAUCAGUUUUAUCAUUAGCAACUGCGGGCAAGGAGUUUACGAGAUCAGUUGCAGUUAACAGCGCAGCUGUAGUCACAAAUGAUGACAACAACCUGAAGUCAUGGAAGGAAAUACCCGGACCUUCAUCACUGCCCAUAAUCGGGCAGUUACUUCAUUUUCUACCAAGAGGUUCUUUACAUGAAAACUUCGUUACUUCAGUUUUAUAUGAUCAAUACGGGCCCAUAGUAAAAAUAGGCUUUUUCGGAUCGCCUUCGAUUGUUUUGCUUUUCGACGCAGAAGCAUCAGCUCAGGUACUUCGUAGUGAAAACUUGAUGCCAAUUCGUACGACUUUCCAAUCUCUUGAUUAUUUUCGACACAACUAUUACAGACAAAGAGGUGCCGCACCCAACGAACCAACAGGCCUUGUUUCAGACCACGGCGAUGUAUGGAAGAAAUUUCGAUCGACCGUGAAUCCAAUUAUGUUAAAACCCAAAACUAUUAAACUAUACACCAAUUCACUCACGGAAGUAGCAGAAGACAUGGUUAAAAGGAUGAGAUCGAUACGUAACGAAAAAUAUAUGCUAAAGGGAAAAUUCGAUUUCGAGAUGAAUCUAUGGGCACUAGAGGCCAUCGGCGUAGUUGCUCUGGGCGGUCGGCUGAACUGCUUCGACCACAACCUUCCUCAAGAGUCUCCUACGAGGAAACUGAUACAGAUAGUUCACGAUAUAUUUACGACCGCUGACAGACUCGACUUCAAGCCGAAUCUUUGGAGAUACUUCUCGACACCAAAUUUUAAAAAGGCAAUGAAGUUGUAUGAAGAACAAAUUAAUAUAUGUGAAUACUUUGUCGCAAAGGCCAUUAAAGAGUUUAAGACUCAAAGUCAGACAUCCACCGAAGAAAAGGGUGUUUUAGAAAAACUGCUUGAAAUUGAUGAAAAAAUUGCCGUUAUCAUGGCAAGUGAUAUGCUGGUUGCUGGUGUUGAUACGGUCUCAAAUACCAUGACUGGGACCUUAUAUCUAUUGGCCAAGAAUCCUGACAAACAGAAGAAACUCAGAGAAGAGAUUCUUUCAGAUAAACAGAAGCGGCCGUACCUCAAGGCGUGUAUAAAGGAGUCGAUGAGAAUGAUGCCCGUAGUGCCCGGCAACUUAAGGGUAGCCACGAAGGAAUACAAUAUUUUUGGCUAUAAAAUUCUCAAGGGUACACAUGUAAUAUUCAUGCACCAAGCUUUAUCAAACAUGGAGAAACACUUCCCAGAGCCUGAAAAAUACAUCCCCGAAAGAUGGAUUACUGAAAAAACUGAUGCACUGUUUCAUAGAAAUGCACAUCCCUUCGCUUGGAAUCCAUUUGGAUUUGGAAUGCGAAUGUGCAUAGGUCGACGAAUUGCAGAAUUGGAAAUAGAAACGUUCCUCGCUAAGGUGAUCGAAAAUUUCGAAGUGGAAUGGUUCGGACCGCCGCUGCAGACCCGACCCAGCUCUCUGAACUAUACUGUCGGGCCAUACAAUUUUAUUUUCAAAGACGCAAAAAAAUAAAUAAUGGUUUAUAAAUAUUA